CUCUCUCACUCCCCCCUCACAUUUAUACACACUCUGUCUUUCUCUACCUGUGACUAUCUCUCUGGUUUGGAACUUUCCCUUUAAAUAUCCCCCCUAACGGAAAAUAACGGUAGUAAGUUGCCUGCUACGGUCCGGGUAUCUGACUUCUCGACCACCAGUGAAUUGGCGUUCAGUCAGACAGGUGCGCGUACCUUGCGAUGAGAACGCUGUUGAUAUCCCUCCUCUGCGUCCUCAGCGGGGUGGAGGAGACCUUGGCCGUACCUUCCACGAGAGAGUUCUAUAUCGCCGCGGUUGAGAUUGGUUGGGACUAUCUCUACUGGGGCAGCGCUGACCCCGUAUCAGAACAAAGGAGGAGGACCAAGGAACCCCCUCAGAAAUACAUAAAAGCUGUUUAUAGAGAAUACACUGAUUCCACAUAUUCAGUCCCCAAGCCUACACCAACAUGGGCAGGUAUCCAGGGUCCGGUGAUCCAUGCCCAGGCCAGUGACAGGGUGGUGGUGCACUUUAAGAACCUGGCGUCCCAGCCCUACAGCAUCAGCCCUGUGGGGGUCAGCUACUGGAAACAGUCUGAGGGGGCCGGAUACGAUGACGCCACGUCUAGCCAGGAGAAGGAGGAUGAUGCUGUUGCUCCAGGAGGAUACUACAAGUACAUCUGGGACAUCAAUCCUAAUGACGGUCCGACCUUGGGAGACCCAGAAUGCCUCACCUACUCUUACUCCUCCCAGGUGGACACUGUACAGGACUUCAACUCUGGGCUCAUCGGGGCUCUGCUCAUCUGCAAAUCAACUGCAUUUACAGAUAAUGGAGUUCGGAAAAGCAGAGAGUUUAUUCUGCUCUUUGCUGUUUUCGAUGAGAGUAAGAGCUGGUACGGAGAGGUGGGGAGUUUCCGGGAAAGAUUUAAGAAGGCCAGUGCAAGAAAACAGUACCACACUAUCAAUGGAUACGUCAACUCAACUUUACCAGGUCUGACGAUGUGCCAGGGACGAGAUCAUGUGUUCUGGCAUCUCAUUGGAAUGGAAACGUCUCCAGAGAUCCACUCCAUACAGUUUCAGGAUCACACUCUGCAGGUGAUGGACCACCGUAAGGUUACUGUGGAGAUGACCCCUAUGACCUUUACCACGGCGGAGAUGAAGCCCAGCACUCAGGGGAAGUUCCUCAUCAGCUGUCAGAUCCAAGAACACCGCCACGCGGGUAUGAGUGCAUUCUUUAAGGUAGAGGACUGCCCAGAGCCUGUGACGGUGCCCGGUCCUGACGUGCGUCAGGUCCAGCAGUCUGAGGAUAAGGAGGACUAUGAAUAUGGAGAUGACAUGUUUGAGACCUUUGUGUUUAAGCCUGGGAAAGAUCAGGCUGUGGGGCGCUCCCGAGGGGGGAAGAUCAAAAUCUGGGUCCAUUACAUCGCUGCUGAGGAGAUCAUCUGGGAUUAUGCACCCCACCUCAGCCAGGGAGACAGUCAACUGUUAUCGGAAUACUUUCCCAGGGGGCCUCAUCAGCUGGGUCAUGAAUAUAAGAAGGUGGUGUAUGUAGAAUACACUGACCAGACCUUCACCAAGAGGAAAUCACCUGUUAAAAGACUGCUGGGACCACUGCUCAGAGGACAGGUGGACGAACACUUCCAGAUAGUGUUCAAGAACCUGGCAAGUCGUCCUUUCAACAUGUAUCCAAACGGCCUCACCACGAUUUCUCCACUGAGGAAAACAGGGAACGAGGGUGAAAAGGACCUUCGCUCACUGGCUGUACCCCCCAAUGGGACAUAUGGGUACAUGUGGAAACUAACAGCAGAGGACGGGCCCCUGGAGAGAGACCCACAGUGUCUGACCCGUCUGUACCAGAGUACCAUCAACCCUGAGAGAGAUGUGGCCACUGGCCUCGUAGGACCCCUCCUCAUCUGCAAGAAGGACUCCAUGGAUACCAGGGGGCGGCUGGUGGGCCCAGAUAAAGUGAAGCAGUUGAUGUUCGCUGUGUUUGAUGAAAACAAGAGUUGGAACAUCAAUGACAACAUUCAGAAGUACAGCAGAGACCCCUCCAUGGUCAACCCUACAGACCCUGACUUCUACAACUCCAAUGUCAUCUACAAUGUGAAUGGGAUAAUGUUCAACGGGCAGAUGAUCCAGCUGUGUAAGGAUGACGUGACCUUCUGGCACCUGGCCAACGUGGGGACACAGAGCGACUUCCUGUCCGUCUACUUCACAGGAAACCCCUUCAUGAGGGACAACGUGUAUGAGUCCGUUCUCACACUCUUCCCAAUGUCUGGGGAGACUGUUACCAUGGAGACCGAGCUAAUUGGUGAGUGGGAGAUCAGUGCUUUCGAUAGUAGCCUGAAGAGCCGUGGCAUGAGCGCCCGCUACUCUGUCCUGUCUUGUAACAUUGAUCUGCUUGUGGACAACGAGGACCUAGAGUACGGCCUGGAGGACGUCCUGCCUGAUUACGUAGACCAGUUUUUCAAACCGAGAUCCCUCCGCCCCCGGCUACAGAACAGGACCGUAGCCAUCAGAGUCUGCAAGAAGCAACCCAGUUUAAACCAGAACACAACAAGACCGAAAACAAGAAAUUACACAGAUAACGAAGUCGCCAUCGGAGAAUCUGGGGACCACGGGUCUGAUAACAAUGUUACAUUUAAGGCAGGGGACCAGAGGUCAAUCUGUGAGGUCAGGUAUGUGACCGUGUUGUCUGCUGACGAGGAGGGCAACCUGCUCUCCCAGGGAGGGAUCCCCACAGACGUUCUGAAGCAACUGGAGAAGGACGGAGAGUGGAAAGCUUCAGAGACCCAGGAGGGAGGGGGUCUGGGUGGGGAGCAGGGGGGGAAGAGACAAAGACGCCAGGCCAGGGUAGAAGGAGGAGAUGAUGGGGAGGAGGUAGAGGAGGGAGGUCUGGGCAGGGAGCAGGGGGGGAAGAGACAAAGACGCCAGGCCAGGGUAGAAGGAGGAGAGGAUGGGGAGGAGGUAGAGGAGGGAGGUCUGGGCAGGGAGCAGGGGGGGAAGAGACAAAGACGCCAGGCCAGGGUAGAAGGAGGAGAGGAUGGGGAGGAGGUAGAGGAGGGAGGUCUGGGCAGGGAGCAGGGGGGGAAGAGACAAAGACGCCAGGCCAGGGUAGAAGGAGGAGAGGAUGGGGAGGAGGUAGAGGAGGGAGGUCUGGGCAGGGAGCAGGGGGGGAAGAGACAAAGACGCCAGGCCAGGGUAGAAGGAGGAGAGGAUGGGGAGGAGGUAGAGGAGGGAGGUCUGGGCAGGGAGCAGGGGGGGAAUGGAAGACAGAGACUCCAGGCCAGUUUGGAGGGUGGAGAGAGCAACAAGCUAGCGGAGAACUGUGAGGAAAAGGUGCUGAAGGAGUGGAAGGGUCGGGUAUAUGGGGAGGCGCUGGAGCAGGAGCAGAGAGAAGAGCAGAAGGUGGAGGUGUUGGAUCAGCAGGAGGAGCAGGGACAAAAGGGGGAGUUGGAUCGAGAUUCACAUCCUCUAAGCACAUAUUACACAGAUAAGGACCCUCUACUCUUGGAGUUAGAUGGAUGGAGGGAUCUAGACCCCCUGAAAAACACUUUGAAAGCGCUCCCGGAUCAGCUGAAGGUGCAGCAACAGAGGGAGGAGCAGAAAGCUGGGGAGGUGCAUCCCCUAAACAACAACCCUCACACAGAUCCAGACACCCCUCUACUGAAUUUGUUGGAUCUAGACUUCUCCAAUGUCUCCAAUGACAAUGAGACGGCUCCCAGGAACGCAGUGUCUCUGGAGUAUGAUGACUAUAGUGAGAAGGACACUGGGACAACCUACAUGGGGACAGAGGACAACCUGGACCUGAGGACCACAGAUGGACAUUACCGCAGCUACUACAUCGCUGCACAGGAGAUCACAUGGGACUAUGGGAUCAGGAAACCACAUCAGCUCAUAAAAACAAGAGAGAGGCGUAGGGGAAUGAGGAAGUUCCUGACGGAAUAUAAGAAGGUGGUGUUCAGGGCCUACAGUGAGAGAGACUUCCAGAUCCCCGUCACCAGAGGAGAGCUGCAGGAACAUCUUGGACUCAUGGGUCCUAUCAUUAAAGCUGAGAUCAACGACCUCCUUACCGUGACCUUCAAGAACAUGGCGUCCAGGCCGUACUCCCUGCACCUCCAUGGAGUGUAUGAUAAGACCCAGGGGGAUGGAUGGACCCAGACCCAGUGGGGGUCCUCCAGGGCUGGGGUGGCGGGGGUCCCUGGGGAGGCGGUCCAGCCUGGGGAGGUCAGGGUCUACACCUGGAGGAUCACCAGGAAGCAGGGGCCCACCGCUGCAGAGUUUGACUGUAAGGCAGGGGCCUACUACUCUACACAGAAUAAGGUGAAGGACCUCCACUCCGGUCUGAUUGGCCCCUUAGUAAUCUGUAAACCAGGCACCCUCCACCCCCAACUGAACCUACAGCCCAACCUACAGGAGUACGCCCUCCUCUUCCACACCUUCGACGAGACCAAGAGCUGGUACCUGGACGAGAACAUCCGUCAGUACUGCAUCCCGCCCUGCCAGGCCCGGAGAGAUGACCCCUGGUUUCAGCUCAGCAACAAGUUUGCAGCGAUAAACGGCUACGUGGCAGAGACACUUCCUGGUCUGAUGGUUGCCCAGCACCAGCAAGUCAGGUGGCACCUGCUGAACGUCGGGGGCGACGGGGAGUAUCACACCGCCCACUUCCACGGUCUGCCCUUCAGCAUUCACAAGGAGCAGGAGCAUCGCAUGGGGGUGUACAACCUCUAUCCUGGUGUGUUUGGCACAGUGGAGAUGAGGCCGGCCACAGUGGGGACCUGGAUGGUGGAGUGUACAGUAGGAGAGCACCAGCUAGCCGGCAUGAGGGCUAAACUACUAGUCUACAACCCACGAUGCAUCCAGCCUUUGGGGUUGAGGUCAGGAAGAAUAGACGAUUCCCAGAUCACGGCAUCAGACCACAUAGGUAACUGGGAGGCCAGGCUGGCGAGGCUGGAGCUAUCUGGUUCUGUCAACGCCUGGAUGGGCACGAAUCAGAAAUCAUGGAUCCAGGUGGACCUCCAGAGACCCACUCUGCUCCAUGGGAUUCAGACCCAGGGUGCCAGAGCCUCUCUGGGCCUGAAGGACUACUUCAUUGUGCACUUCACCCUCUCCUACAGCCUAGACCAGGAGACCUGGACUAACUACAGGGGGAACAGCACCACGCCAUCUUACAUAUUUAACGGUAACCUGGAUGGCUCAAAGGUGAAGGAGAACCAUAUGUUUCCCCCAAUCCUCGGGCGCUACAUCAGACUGCAGCCUGUCACCAUCCAGAGGAACCCUGCUCUUCGCAUGGAGCUACUGGGCUGUGACCUCAACAGCUGCUCCUUCCCCCUGGGUCUCCAGAGGAGGUUGGUCCCAGACAGCAGCUUCCGAGCCUCCUCCUUCCUGCAGACCUGGAGGCUCUCUUGGAGCCCCGCCCUCGCACGCCUCCGCCAGGACGGCAGCGCCAACGCAUGGCGCCCCAAGGUCAAUAACCCCCAUGAGUGGCUGCAGGUGGACUUGCUGGUUAUGAAACGCAUCACAGGGGUUGUGACUCAGGGGGCGUGGUCUAUUCUGACUCAAAUGAUGGUGACAGAGUUCUCCGUAACCAUUAGCGAUGAAGGUCACUCCUGGUCCAACGUGGUUGACGAGGAAUCGCAAAGAGAGAAGAUGUUCUUGGGGAACAGUGAGCCAGAUGAGGAGAUGCUGAACCUCUUUGAUCCUCCUCUGUUUGCCCGCUUCAUACGGAUCCACCCCAGAGGCUGGGUCAACGACAUAGCCCUGCGCUUGGAGUUCGUGGGCUGUGACACCCAGCAGCGUCUCUGAGAAACAGAGCAGGGGACCCCACUGUGCAGCUCCACACUCAGGCCCACCUCAUCGUCAUCUCUUCCCUAGAGAAUAUUUAAUGAGCAUAUCAGUGAUGUAAUGAUCAUGAAAUAGUCAUGUCAUUGAUGGAUGAACAGAGUAAGGGAAUCUAGGUAAAAAGUUUGUUUAGCUAGGUUCACGGUCAUAUAUGAUAUUAUUUAUGAUAUACUGUUGUAACUGUCUAUUGAUGAGCUUCAGCUGAGAACAGUUUGUUCGUCUCAUUUACAAUGUAUACUGCUACUAACACUAUGACUUCUGUCAUUCCAGCUGUGAUCAACCACAUGUAAAUAGUACAAUAUAAUUAUUAUUUUCUGUCUGGAUGGAUGUAUGCACAGUAUACUAUAUAGUACUGUACAUGCAAUAUAUCAUAUGCACUGAGGGGAGAGGGAUUGAGUUUAUAUUGUUAAAUAAAGAGGUCACUGUUG